CCUGCUAGCAACUCAUGUUGAUACAUCAGUAAACUUGUAUUAUAUUAACGCGCUGAUUUGAUACGGAGACUUAUAAAUAAGAGCUCAUUUGUAAUGCAAAUGUGAAAUUUUAUGUCUUGACUCUCGUGACAUCUGGUGACAUCCACAAUUAUUAUAACUUGACAGAUAAAAUAAUUUCCAGUGUUUAGAGUCACACAGCAUCGGAAUCAAUUGAUCGGUACGAUAAAGCAGUUCAAGGUUUAAACUUGAUUUUGAACGAUAAUCUCGAGAAGAAAACAUCAUAAUUAUCACAAAGAAAGGAAGUUGAAUAUCUUAAUAAAGUCUGUAACACAAUACCUUCGUUUCCUUGGACAUAACAAUAGAGUCAAAGUCACGUUCGUGUCUUACUAAGAAAUUGUAUGAGGUAAGUCAGACAUAAUAACGUAGUCGUUUAUAUGUGAGAGACAGUCCGUGCUUAUCAGAUUAUACGAGAGUAGAGUCAUUAAAAGCGUUAUGCAAGACAAGGUCAAUAAUAUAUUGAAAGUUGUUUAUAUAAAACCAAAUUGACAAAUAUGGUACAUAUUAGAUAAGUUCACUUUGUGGCUUGAUAGUAAGCUUGCUUGCUUUUACCUGUUUUAAUUUAAUUUAUCUAGACUCACUAAAAAUGCGAACUGAAUGUUUUUCAAAAGCAUGUCGUAGGAAUCCGACACAACAUAUACAAUGAUUAAGUCGAUGGCCAUGGCCCUAUUUAUCUUUCCUCGUCUAUAAAUGUAUAAUAGGAAAACUUGACACUGAUAUGCAUGCAGCAUUCAUUAACAGCUAGGCGUUAAAAUAUUGAAAUUAUUAUUUCACCAUUUUGACAAUUCAUCCCAGAAUUUGUCAAGCCAAGAUUGUGUGAAUACAGUGUAAACUACAUAAUAUAUUGACUUGUAUUGUUGUCGUAAAUGCAAAUUAUUUCUGAAAGUAUUCGUUUCCUCUCCAUGGACAUGACUACAUCAACAUGCUUGCAAACACAUGACUACGUACAUGCAACCAAAGAUCAGUCUGAUGAGUUGUUUAUUAUCAAAUAGACAAAAAUAUUUAUUUAAUUUCAACACAUAAAGAUUAAAGGGGAGACUGAUUCCUGAUCACCACCCAACUGUAUCUGGUAAACAAUAUAUAAUCACUAUGCCCAUUUUUGGAUGUCAACUUCCUUAUUUUGUUGCCUGACUUUCAGCUGGCAGAAUGACGUUAACGAUGAACUGCAGAUUUUAUCAAGUUGAUUGAAUGUUGUUUAUUUACUAUAGCAGAUAAGAAAACAUCAUGUAACCAGGAACAAAGGCCUGACAAACAGUUAUUUAAUUUUAAAGCAAAACAAGUUCAGACCACAUGGGAAAACGAUGUUUCAUAACUCGGAUAUUCCACACUGCUGAGUGCUGGUGUUUGGACGUCUUGUUGUUUUCAACUGGUUCUAUACAUUAUACAAGUAUCGAUUUAUAAAGCGCUCAAAAAGGAAUAUUAUUUUUGACUUAGAAGUCAACAAAAUGUGGCACAAGAUCCGCGCUGACAGAUCGAAGGCUUUGCAAUAAUAAAUAUACGUGAUUAUGUUUUCACAAGCCAAAUACGAGAUAUAUUGUUUUAACAUCGGGAUAGGCUGCCUUUCGUGCAAUUUGAUUGGUUGUCCAGCUCCAGAUAGCCUUGCGAAGUGUCUUCCUGUUUUAUGUCAGUUACAGACGAUUUCGAUGCUUUUUGCUCAGAUUUGUUUUGUUGUCGUCAUGUUUGUUUUGCUAUAGUACCUCAGUGUCGGUGAAAAGUGCAAGGAUAUUCAUCUCGACGCUUUCCGUCUCGUUGCAAGGGCGCUGAUUCACCCCCACUUCGGUGAAUAAUUGUUAAUUAUUGCCACUCAAACUUUCAAGGAACUUCAGUAGCACAGAAAACGUGUAAUUAGUAUAGUAAAUUACACGGUUCGAGAAGUAAUAUAUGAAAAAUCGCACGCAUGUUUGGUGAAAUAUUUAGUUUAAUGAGCAAAUUUGUAGUAUCACUUGAAUCGCGGCUUGAAAUGUUUGCGUUGUACAAGACUCAAGAGACGUGGAAAUCGCGUGUAAAAAGCGUAACGACAACGUCUCGAACUCCCGUGGGGCUUAUUCAUUUCACGAGAUCAGGAAUAUCAUUGUGUGAAUAACCGUCGUCGCCGCGAAGUCAUCCCGCGAAAGACAACACGCUAUUACAAGCGGUUAGACAUUUUGCAACAUUUCGCUAAAUACACCCAAACUCUGAUGUACGAUUCCGUGCUCAGCUGUUGUUCCAUCAUUCCAUGGUCAGCUGUUGUUCCAUCAUUCCGUGCUCAGCUGUUGUUCCAUCAUUCCUUGGUCAGCUUGAAAAUUGUGCGAUUUUCGUUUUCCGAUGUUAUGCUCAGUGGCGGCGCCAGGGGGGGGGGCAAAUGCCCCCCCAAAUUAUUUUUUGCCCCCCCCAUUUUGCCCCCCCUCAAAAAAAAUUAUUAGUCACUAAGAGCGACUAAAGGCUACACAAGCGUUCUGUCGUUAUCGGAAAAUGUAUGGCUUAUAAGUUGUCAUUACUCAUUAGUGAAUGCGCGUAUACAUGAAACUGUUUUUUACAGUUUCAAUAUUAGUUUGUAAAUCUCUGAAUGGUAAAACUUGCCAAUACUCCAAUAAUACGUUUCAAAAAAAGACAAAAAAGCUUUAGUUUUGCAGAGUUAAAUUCUCAAACGUGUAAGGCAAUAAUAAGAUGAAAGUAUCACGAAAUUAUUUGAAUAAACCACAUCGCAUAUAUGGGGGGCGAAUGUCCUAAAAAGGGGCGAUAUUCCUAGGGUAUUCGCCCCACCCCCUGGGAGGCGAUAUUCCUAGGAUAUUCGCCCCCGGGGGCAAUAUUCCUAGGAAUAUCGCCACGUUUUGAGGGGGGGGGGCGAAUUUCCUGGGGGGGCGACCUUUUUAAAAAUUCUAUCUUGCCCCCCCAAAAUUUGAGUUUGCCCCUCAAAUGCCCCCCCAAAUUUGGAGGCCUGGCGCCGCCACUGGUUAUGCUACACAAACCUAGCCUGCGUGGCAGGCGGUUUUUUACGGGCAGCGAAAAUUAGGGAGACAAAGGAAAAACCAAAGCCAUUUAUUUAUUUCGUUGGUGGGGUUAUCCCAUUACUCCUCGUCAGGUAAAAAAUUGGGUCUCAUACUUCCUUAAAAGGUUUCCGAACUAAUGCAUUUCAGUUCCUACGGAUAAAAAUGAGUACCAUGGUAUAACUGGAAUAACUUCAAAUAGUUUGUUGCAAUCCAACAGCCAGACGACGUUCUUUCGCAAUCAACGGUCAGGAUUAUUUUUAUGAGCUUAUAGACGAAGCUUUAAGGCCCGCUAGAGAAACGCAGUCGUGAUGUCGUUUUUAACACAACGUUCACUCACACAUUAGUGAUUACCUCGUAAAAAUAAAGUAGGAGAGCAGCUGAAUCAUCAAAUAUUACUUUCGUUUUUACGACUAGAUUUGCACAACUUAUUCAAUAAUUAUCUUUUAAUUAUUUUUCUUAAUUCAGAAGAAUGCCAAUCAAGGAAGCGCUGGAAUCAUCGUCAGGUUAUGUCGAAGAUGUAGUUGGUACAUUUCUUGGCCCAUUUGUUGUUGUGAUCGUUAUGAUAUUUGCGUGUGUUGCUUGUCGUCGUAAACAGAGUAAGGAUAGAAUAAUACGUACAUUAUUCAGCUCACUCCUCAACAGGGCUUUUCAGUCACCCAUUACAUCAAGUAUUACGUUCACUUAUAUUACAAUCCUAACUGUGUUUCCUAAUCAACUUCCGCUGCGGGAAUAAAACGGAGGAGUGCCCGAAGAAAACCUACGAUUUUCGGCAGAGCAUUGACGCUUUGCACAUUAGAGACUAUGCCACCACAAAACAACGUUUAGCCGUUGACAACAACGCGGCUCUUGAUCGAAGCACCGUCUGAAAAACUGUUCGCGACGCCCAACCGCGGAAGGCCCAGGGUACGAGGUUGCAAUCUCUAACAAGCCUCAAGCUUUUCCAUUGCAUUUCAAGUGUUUUUUAUAUUAAAUUUUGUUGUUAAUAUUUCUUGUUAUCGCUUAUUUAUACCUAUAGUUAUGUCUUACGAUUAAAAAUGGUGACAAACGCAUUUUACACAAUAGAAUCUCGCACGUAUUUGGCUUUAACUUUUGCAAAGAACCCUAAAAAUUAACUGAAGCUUUUUACGCCGAAGUCUAAUCCUAAAGGUUACUCUGUAAAAUGUGACGAUGUUGUAUGCUGUAGAUUGAAAUUCCGAGUGUAAAUUUUUAUACAUUUAUUUGGAUCUAACCAGCUGCGACAACUCUCUGGCAGGAAUACGCAAUUCCAACUUUUAAUUUCUGCGCACAGGGAGUGACGGGAAGUAAGGUAUCAAAUUCCCAUCUACAAAACGCAUAUAUGCAUUUACUAUCGAGUGAGAUGCCCCAAAUCCUGAUAUUUACACAUACACCUUACAUCACCUGGGUAUUUAUACAUGACCUUGUAGUUAGAGCUCGAGUCCUGGACUCUAUAACUCUACCUAUAUACCUCAGUUGGUUCGAUUCCUGCCUUCACUCAAAUACACUCGUAAUUUCAAUGUACCACGCACAAUCAAUCAAGCGAGAUGCCCAAAAUCCUGAUGUUUGUCACGAUGUUUAAUGGUAAGACAUAUUAUUUAACUAUUGCAACACUCCAAACGUUUUCUGCACAAAAUUAGCGAUUCAAUGAAAUCUUGUAAAUAAGUACAGAAACAUUGAUCAGUAUUGUUCAGACUUGAGGGAGCUUAAGAUACACCAAAUCUACGACGCGGACGUGACGAAAAACUGUUUAAUUGUCACAGUUUCACUGUUCAGUUGGUAAACAAAGGCAGGGACACAAGGAAAUUAUUAGCGACUGUUUUUUAGUCGUGUCCGCGUCGUAGAUUUGGUGCAUCUUAAGCUCCCUAAUACUAGUCUAUGGUUGCAAUAUUGUUCAAGUUUAUGAAUGAAGUCAGUUUCACUCAUAAGUGAGCAUUCCUUUUCCCUUACAUUAUAUUUUUGUUUACAUUCUGACAGAAAAAAGCAGAAAUACUCACAAUGCAAGGUAUAGUAUAACUAUUGUCUUUCUGACCGUUAUAUUUAGUAUACACGGUAAACAAGACUUUUUAUAAUUCAUUUGAUUAGUUGUAUGUUUUGAUUAAAUAUUUUCAAACCUCUUUUUACAGUUAACCAUUAACGAAAUGAGAAAAACAUAAAUUGUUCACUGGAUGUUUUAUUCUUCCAAUUUUUCUAUUUGAAGAAGGGAAGACUCUCUAUAUCAAUGUUACACAUUUUAAAAAUGUAUUGCUUUAUUUUUAAUCAAUUUUUCGACAGAAUUGGGGAGUCAGAAAAUGAAUAUCAAACACCAGAUGUAACUAUACAACAUGGAGGUUCUAGUGGUGAUACAAAUGUUUAUACAGUACCUGAGGUUUGUACAACUUUAUAACUGGAUACGGUUAUAGUCACGACAAAAUCUUGAAGUGUAGAAAGCCUGCAGAAAUGCAAACUGUGAAGUUUGUAGAUGAUACAACUGGCAGGAAAGGCAGUUUUUAGACGUCCAUUUUCCAUCGUUGAAUUUAAAACGUUGAAUUUAAAGCUGCUCAUUCAGUCUUCAUUCGUGAGAAAUUUUAAAUGUUUUACUAUUCGACGCAUUGAAUGUGAUAUUGUCCAUGUAUAGUCAUCGUGCAACAAGUGACAGAAAUUGACUUCUGGAUUCCAUCGAGUAGAAUGCACAACAAGCAUUAAAUUCAACGAAUCAUAUUCAACAGAAAUCCGACAUCUAAAAAGGCCCCAAGAAGAACUCGCUUGGAGCUCUCACUUCGCGCAAAACGUCGAAAUUCUUUUGAUAUCAGUUUCAUGUAUAGGUCCACCAUGCAUGUACACAAGUUCGUUUCGCAGUUUAAAGUCAUAGCAAUCGUUCUCCAUCAUUAUAACAGCUUCAAGCUUCCCCCUACUUGAAUCAGUAAGGAUGUCCAGGUAAAAUAAUAGUGUUGUGUGAUUAGCUACACAGAUGCAUGGGACCAGUGUUUCAUUGUCAUAUAAAAUCAACCAAUGACACAGACCUGUUCCCCGACUCUUCCACAGUCCCUCAAAUUUGCUAAUUCGAAAAGGCAGGCGCUUGCAGUUUGGAAUGCAAAGGCCCAUGGGAACGAGCCAGCCAUGUUGCUAUAUAGCUUCGUGAUGACCCAUGUUUCUGUCAAGUCAAUUAAAGAGAAUGUAAUUUCGACAAGAUAAUAUUAUUUCGAUUCACUUUGAGAAAACCUGAGGAAUCUAAUCUAAUCUAUGUACUGUUUUAGCCCAACAUUGUUUACACAGACUUGGAUAUGUUGGCGUUAAAAUCUCGUGCGAGUGAAAGCAGGAAACCCAGCGAACCUCCAACACAAUACGCUAUUAUUGAUGAAGAAAAACUAAAUGCAGCCAGAAAACAACGACAGGAAAGACUUUAUGAAAAUUCUAACAUUCAAAAUAAUACAAAACCAGCAAUUUACGAUAACGUGAAUGAAAUGAAUAUCUAAGAACACAUGAAUGCGCUUGACUAAGGCUAAAAACUUAAAUUUAAAAUGGUUAAAAAUCAGGAACUGUCCAGCUGGCUGUGUAUGUUCGUUUUCUCAAAGGGAGAAGAUCGCAUUUAAAACUUUGCACUUACUUAUUUAAUCGCGUGUAUUGUAAUAGUCGAAAAUGUUAGAUUUUUAACUUUUUAAAGUUUAGUUUUUCCCUAGCCAAACAAAUAAUUUCUCAGCAGUAUUUGAAUGAACAAUAAUGCAUGGUUUAGCGCGUGUAUUCACAACUGUGGAUAACAUGUCUCAAUCAAAAGCCAAGUGUAAACAGUUCGUCGACAUGUCAGAAAGAAGUUGCAUUAUUUAGAUCACGUGACAUUUAGAUAACGUGGCAUCCAGGUCACAUGUACGUAAUACAGACAUUGUAAAUUAUUACUACCAUGCAGGACGCAUAAACUUACGAAGAACUCUAAAGAGAAUUUAUGUCUGUGAUAUGAAAAGUAAGUGAUAGCAACCUUACACGUAAAAAUGUAAACAAGUAAAUUUGUAUAAAGGUUUUAGCAUCUACAUUGACUAACCGUCUUGGGGAAUAAAAGUUUCUUGUAAAUAUAUUUUUAUUGGUGUAGUUGCCUCAUUCUAUAUUCGCAGUGUUUACAACUCACGAUGAUGGAAAACGUAUUUCAUUGACACCCAUAGUAUAGGUUUCACCCAGCAUCUGAACAAAGUUCUUUAAUUUUAUCAUGAGUUGUUUCUAAAGAUUUCUUUGUACGUUUGAAUUUAUUAACUCUAGCUUUGGCAUUCAACUGUCGCUCAACUUUUAGUAAAAUUAAAUCACACUUCUGUAACACCAAUUUCUCAAUAUACUGCGCAGUCUUCGUUUUCUUCAAGGAAAUUAACAGAUUUCUCUCUUUUAAUCUAAUUUUAACAAAAUGUCGAGUAUUUUCUUCGUGUUGUUCCCAGUUUUCACCAGAUAACUUCACUGCUUCUUGCAAAUCUUGCUUACAGACAUCUUCACAUAGAGCAAGGAGAGAGGCAACAUUCGAAUCUAUGUUGUAUUUCUGACAUAAUUCCAGGCAUUCAAAACCAAGCUGUUUUAGAGCGAGAAAAGUACAGUUGAUAGUUUGAUAAUCAACAAUGAACUGCACACUCUCUAAUGCUCUGCAUCCCAGAGUAUUAUCCAAAGUUCGUUGCAAAUCACGAAAUGUGUAAAAAUGUUUAGAAUAAUAUCCAUGCAUGGCGUUGAUAAUUGACGAAACAAGCUGCAGCUGACAUGCUGUCCUUGGUCUGACUUUCUUAAACCCUUGCAUAUCAAUUGCAAACUGUGUAAACAAAUCUGAUGUAUCAGAGUUAUAUUUUGCAAGUACUUUAGUUGUACUUUCUCCUUUAGGUAGAAUAUCUGACAAAUCUCUUUCAUGUUCAAUAGCAUUGACUAACUCUUGAUACUUUGACAAAACCUGAUUGAUUUUCACUUUCAACUUCAUAAGUUGAUCAUAAUAUUUCUGCACAUUCUUGAGUACAUCUCCUUCGUUAUCCUGACGUUCUUUGAUGACAUUCUGAACUUGAAUAUGAACGGCAUGACUAUGACAACUGUUGCAUAGCCUCAAGCACUCCCGUAUUUCAGGCGGUUCAGGUGGACAGCCCGCAAUAUCAAGUACAGCCCAACAAGAAAUACUUGAGGAGAUGUCAUCACAAUACAACAGAAGUUCUUCACUGGAACACUCCAAACAUACAGCUUCGCCACAAACUCUAAACAUAAUUUACCAUGUCAUUUAUUGUCGUAGUAAUACUGGAGUAGUAUAAUAAUGCCAUAGUGCGUACUAUAAUAAUAGAACCUUCCGGAAAGUACUUACUCUUGACUAUAAAGCCUCGUUUUCGGGAUUGAGAUAUCGGCUUUCUUGUUACUGAUGAUCUAAUUGUAUCAAGGUUUUUUAUAUUAUCUAAAUAUAACUACAUGAUUUGGAAAAUACUUGGUUACCUGUAACAAUAUAAAGCACUCUAAACGCAGUUAUCUCAAAUCACGAAAACGAGGCUCUAUAGCCAAGGCCGAGUACUUCCCGGAAGGGUGUAUUAAGGAAAUGUAAAUAAUUCGAAAAAGUCAAUUAAACAUUCUGUAGCAUCAUG